GCCCGUUGCCUGACCUGGAAACACCCCGAGAUAUGUACGGUAGCUGAAGCAGAACGAAGGAUUCGAGACGGACGACAUAGGUAGGUAUCCCUGAGGUACCGCACAGCGAACCCAAAUCUCGGACAAGCCUAGACGAGAGGUUUCAUUUCCUGAACCGGCAGCAUCCUUUAAGAAACCUCCGUAAGCUGCCGGCGGUAUCGGUAUUUGUUGAACUUACAUCUCACGUAAGAAUUGUCGGAAUCAAAUACAGAGGCCAUUCCAGUGAAGAGAGAAGUAUCUGUUGCUUCCUCACUGCUGGACGAUCCCAUCCUUGGUUCAAUCACCAAGGCAUCGAACCGACACAGCCAUGACCGCCGUGAUGGACGCAUCGGAGGAGCUGAUCCGCCCUCUUGGGCCCAGUCUGGGAGGUCGAGCCAUCCCAGACGUAAUGGACACCGCCGUCGCCAAUGUUGUCCUCGCCAUCCCCUUCCUAAGCGUAGGCAUUGUUGGUGAGGAUACCAACAAGGCCGCGUUCGUCCAGUGUCCUUCUAUUGAUCUCGAGCACCAUGUCGAGUACGUCGAAGAGGAGGGCACGGAAUCCGGCACCCAGGACUCCGUCCUGCUCAGAAUUCUUGAAAACCAGCACGAUCGGCCCUGGCCCGAGAUAGAGCACCGGCCGCCGUGGAAGCUGACCGUCAUCGUCCGAGACUCCGCGCCUGAGGAUGGCCGGAUAGUGCUCGAUGCAGUAUUUGCGGUCCACCAUGCCGUGGCCGAUGGACGGAGUACCGCGCUAUUCCAUAGAAAACUUCUCGGUGAGCUCAACCACUCGUCGGGUCAGCCGGCACAGCUUAUGGGCCGCGUUUUGGAUGUGAAGGGCGCCGGCGUUGGCGAGCUCGUUCGGCCCCAAGAGGAGCUUGUCAAAUUCGACUUAUCUUGGGGGUUUCUCCUCCAAACACUGUGGGGUGAGCUCGCCCCAGCCUGGCUCCGGAGGCAGCAGCCUGCCGCCCCCUGGGCUGGAAAAGUCAUCACGCCCGCGCCGUGCCGGACAAGACUGCGGCUUGUGACGGUCCCAGCCGUCACCGUGACCGGGGUUCUCGCUGCUUGUAGGGAGCACCAAACAACGCUUACACCAUUGCUUCACGCUCUGGCACUGGCUUCGCUCGCCAGACAUGUCCCGGAAGACGAGGCCGUGGCAUUUCACAGCUCGACGCCCAUCGACCUGCGGCCGUUCAUCGACAGCAAUUCGUUUCUUGGUGGCAGAAGCCGAGAUCUAUUCGGUGUUUUUGUCACAGGCCAAUAUCACACCUUUGGUACCUCGACCAUCACAACGCUGCGUGCCGAGCCCUCCCUGGACCAGAUCUGGAGGGUAGCGGUCGACUUGCGAGGCAGCAUGAAACAGCACAUCAACAACAUACCAAGAAACGAUAUUAUGGGCGUGCUUGGCUGGAUUACCGACUGGCGGAAGUUCUGGCUCUCCAAGGUGGGAAAGCCGCGCCAACAAACUUGGGAGGUGUCCAACAUCGGGUCGAUGCCGGGCGGCCACGCUGAGAGGGAAGAGACGAGUGGACGCUGGAAAAUUGGGCGUUCUCACAUGUCCCAGGGAGCUACCGUUACUGGUGCCGCCAUUAGUAUCAGCCCAUUCGCCGACAGCACUGCAAGUCCCAGCGCCGUCUCUCUGGUGCAGACCCGCGCAAAAUCAAACCGGCUUCGGCCACAGGACCAGGGCGUCGUUGUCCGCCUGCUCGAGGACAUUCCCAAGUUUGGGCGCAAGGAUGCUAUCUUCCGAGUCGAGCGAGGGCGCAUGCGCAACCAGUGGUAUCCCAACAAGAAGGCCGAGUACAUGACGGCGUCGCGUUUCCGCGAGCUCGGUUUGACGCGCGAUGACAUUGGCGAGCGGGAUAUCAUAUUCGGUACCCUGGAACCCGCCGACGUCGACGAUGCGCCCGAGGUUCCAAUCACCACCGUGCGCACCACUACUCCCGAAAGGGCCCACACUCUCCUCACCACUUCGAUCCCAGAGACGCUCACCUUCCACCGCAAACCUAUCCCGGCGCCAGCUCCUGCCCCGCCGACUCAAUUUAUCUCGCCCCUCGUCGCUUCCGCAAACCCAGAUUCCGCACAAGAUCAAAACACUCCUCUGGUUAUUUACGGCUCUGUGUCAGCCACCGAUAUCGUGGGGUACAUCAAGGGACUCCUGGCGGGUGACGCUGACGGCAGCCGCAUUGUAUUGGGGCCAGAAGACAUCAAAUUCCGGGGCCUGUCUGAGGAUACCGACAGGGUCAAGGCGCUGGGCCGUUGGGAAGUUGAGAUCUCAGUCGGUGGCAGGGGGUUGGAACCCGUCCGCAAAGUGGUCGAAAUUCUUCCCGUGGCUGAAAAGGCGGGUGAAGCUGACGCACAGCCUGCUCCAUGAACACACGCAGCUUGGUCACCUCCUUCGGCCGUAUGGUGCUGCGGAUGCUUUUUCAGCUGAGGCCGGAUCAAUUGUAGGAUAACAUGUAUGUACAACUGUACACUAAAAGUGCUGCUUUCCGACUUGUCGUACGAUGACACAUUCCGCUGCCAGCUGCAGAAUUAGGACGCAGGAGCGCAGGACCUCAAUCAACCGCAAGCCGUCCGACGGCGGCUGGCCUAUG